UCGCGCUCCCUGGAGGCUGUGGCUGAGCUGCUCCGCUUAGGAGGCGCGCAAAGCGAGCUGCUGGAGCCCCGGGUGCUGCCUCUGCCUUGGAGGAUCCGGAGGUCCGUGGCCUCAACGACGCUGGCCUGACGCCCCUUGCUGCAUGUAUCCACUAGUGUCUGAGCCUUAAACAGCGGCUCCGCUGCCAACGGAAACCUCAGUCAUGUCCGCACAUCUCGCGGGCUGCCGGUCGCGUCCUCUUUCCUUUUGAGUGCUGUGACGGUUCGCAGCUGAGGUCCACAAGACGCGCGGCGUUGUUUCUACGCUGUCGGAAUCCGAGGGGCUUGCACGUGUUGGGUUGAUCAGGCAUUGCUUGGGCUCCUUUUCACCCCCUCCCUCCCUCCUAGAUGGCUUGCAAACAUGUUAAAACAACGAUUUCCAUAAGGCUGUUGGAAGACACCAGGUCGAGGUAGGUUCAGUUAAUUGCUGGAAUCGCAUCUCACUGCCUUUUCUUCACACGCCCAGCGUCUCUUUUUCUGAGAAGCUGUUGGUCUAUGGGGAAAAUAAUUCGAACUCAUUAGCUGGGUAAUGCUGUAAUUAGGCCAAGCUAAAUGAUGGAUAUACAGGGUUUUCUAUUCAUCAAAACCUCCCCGAAGAGUUCUAGAGAGAACUUGAAGGCUUCUACAUGUUUUGGGUUAGUCCUAGUAAAGAAAUUAUCACAGCAGGUGGCAGCACUUGGCUAAUCUUGGAAAAAAAUUAAACAGCCUGCUUAGGACUUGAAAGGGAGAUCUGCAGGAAAUCCCAGAGCCAAAACCUCAAACUUUAAAAAAAAAAAAAACCUGUCUUGGAAGAAGACAAGACCACCCAUUUCCAUUUUGUUGACAAAAUACUAACAAGGUGGUGUGUGCAAAUAUUAACCAGGAGUUAAUUUGUGCUCCAGCUUUUAACAAAGAUAUUACUUGGUCUUAUAUAUGGAUGUUUUUCCUCUGAUGAUAUGAUUAGCAUAGGAAUACUAAAUAAAAAGUUGCUGCCCCUCAUCCACCACUACCAAAUUAAAAAAAUUGCUUCUGUUUCUUAUUGACUACAUAAUGAAAAUGGAGAGGAUUUUUUUUCCAGAAAAGCCAUUUUUUCCUGACUAAAUAAUUGAAUCCAAACCUUUUCUAGAAAUUCCUUGAUUAAGACAGUAAAAUUUUUGUCACUUGUUAUGCUUGUACUAAGUUUAUAUUGUUAAUUUUUGUUCUAUUCAUGCUUGAGCAUUUAUAGGAAUAAAAUGAAGUUCAGUAAGGUUCCGAUGUAAUCAAAGGUUGGAUUCAGACAUCAGGGUGGCUGGGCAGCCUUUUCUGUAGUUAAUAAUGUCCUCUUUUUUCACAAAGUUCAAGGGUGAUUGACACUAUUCUACCCAUUGUCUCGUCAAGAUGCUGCCAGUGAAUAAUGGUUUUUGUCAAAGAACUUUGGAGAGCUGCUAGAGUGUGCAAGUAGGUAAAAUUUAGUUCAGGCCAGUAAUCUGACUUUAUAUGAGCAAUCUGGAAUGUUAAUAGUCAUUUGUAUUAACUUGCUGAUUUCUGUUAAAGGGAUUGCUAUUCAUACUGUUUUUGCCUGAAUUGUUUGUUUCUAUCUCAAUGCUGACAUGGAUAACUCCCUUGUGUGUUUAUCCUCCCAACAAUCUACUGUUAUAGGAGAUGUGUUUACAGGAACCUGAGGAAUGGCUGCACAGACCAUAUGUGAGCUUGCCACAAUGGCCCAGAGCAAUCCAGUUUUGUCUUGUAUUCCAGUUAGGCAAUGAUCUUGAAGACAAUACAGUCUUCAAGACUGUUAUCCUUUUCCACUGUCUUGGAAUGAAAUUGAGUAAGACUUUGUGGUUAAACGUCAGAGAUUGAGGGAUGGGGAGGGAAUAGACACUGUCUGGAUUCACACAUAGCACUAAGCCAUAAUGUGGUUUGUUUGGGUUGGCACAACUUGCUAAAUUGUUCCUUCUAAUUUGGCAGCCAUGGUACAUUGCUUACUGUUGCACAAGAAUCCAGCUAGGCAAGUAGAAAAUCAGUAUAUGCACUGAAUAAAUAUUCUGUAACCUGUAUAUAAGUAAACCAUGGUCUAAUGUUAUGUGUGAAAAAUCUCAGUGAAUGUUUGUUUCUUUUUCUUGCCUUGUCAGUUCUCCAAAGUGCCUUGAACAAAGUUAGCCACCUUACCAGCAACAUGGUGCUAUCGUUUCUGAAGUGUGUGCAAGAACUUCUACUUAUAUUUGCCUUGUCUGUAGCCUCUUCCUGGUCUAAUGACUUUCUCUACCAUGACUAUUGUAUUAUUGGGGCUGGCCCUUCAGGCUUGCAAAUGGCCUAUUUCCUUCAACAUGCAGGUCGGAAUUAUGUUGUCUUUGAACGUAGAAAUACACCAGGGCACUUUUUCACCUUGUAUCCCCGUCAUCGAAAAUUGAUCAGCAUCAAUAAACGUUACACUGGCAAAUCAAACAGUGAAUUCAACCUUCGUCAUGAUUGGAACUCACUGCUUAGCCACAAUAACCAACUGCUUUUUCGACACUACUCUCAGGAUUUCUUCCCUGAUGCUGAUACUAUGGUGCAUUAUCUGGCUGAUUUUGCUUCCAAACUAGCUCUCUAUGUGCAGUAUAACACAUCCAUUGUACUUGUGAUGCUGGAAAAAGAUCCCAAGGCUUGGAAUGGUCAUUACUUCAUCCUCAGAGACCAAAAUGCUAAGAAUUACAAAUGCAGUGUUCUUUUGGUGGCCACAGGUAUGUGGGUUCCUCACGAAGUGAACUUUCCAGGUUCAGAAUAUGUUGAAGGUUACGAAUCUGUGUCAAUCAAUCCAAAAGAUUUUGUUGGACAGUCUGUAUUGAUCUUGGGUCGGGGAAAUUCUGCCUUUGAAACAGCAGAGAACAUUCUGGGUGUCACCAAUUUUGUGCAUAUGGUAGGCCGAUCUCGAGUUCGUCUUUCUUGGGCUACUCAUUACGUUGGAGAUCUGAGAGCAAUUAACAAUGGGCUCUUAGAUACAUACCAGUUGAAGUCUUUGGAUGGACUUAUAGAGGGUGAUCUAGAAGACUUAGUUCUCAUCAAAGACAGAAAAGGAAAGCUGCACAUCACCCUUCGGUUCUACUUGGAAAACAGCAAUAGCAGUGACCCAGAAUCUGUCACUCUUCCACAGGAUGAACUAGAUAACUUUGCCACUCGUGCACCUUAUGACCGUGCCAUUCGCUGCCUGGGUUGGAAGUUUGACUUUUCCAUAUUCAACAAGUCUGUUGGUUUGAUGCAUGGCAAAGGCAGUAAGAAGAAGUAUCCUUUGAUCAAGGCCAGCUAUGAAGCCAAAGCUACUCGCGGUCUCUUUCUUCUCGGAACUGCAAGCCACUCGGUGGAUUUUAGGAAAUCUGCUGGUGGUUUUAUUCAUGGCUUCCGAUACACCGCCCGUGCAGUUCAUCGCUUACUAGAAGUCCGUCACCACAAAGUGCCCUGGCCAGCCUCCAACUAUCCUGUAGUGCAGUUAACAAAUGCUAUUGUCAAGCGGGUGAAUGAGGCAUCUGGGCUCUAUCAGAUGUUUAGCGUGUUGGCAGACAUCAUUUUGCUGAAAGAGAAUGCUACAAAAUUUGAAUACCUGGAGGAGUAUCCAGUUGGAGUCCUACAAGAUCUGGAGUGGCGCACAGGAAGAAAGGUGCAGGAUGGACUUUUUGUCAUUGUGAUGGAGUAUGGAAAGAACUUCUCUGGCCCUGACAAGGAUGUCUUCUACUAUAACCGUGCAGUAGGAGAACCAGAGCACGCUUGGCAGUCUAACUUCCUGCAUCCUGUAAUUUAUUAUUAUAAGCAACUUCCCACUGAACGUGAAAUGAGACUUUGCCCACCAGAUUGGCCCUUGCCUCGCCCAGACGCAAUCCAUCACAUUGUGGAAGAUUUCCUGACUGACUGGACUGCACCAAAUGCACAUGUCCUCCCACUGAGACGUUUCCUGGAGAAUUGCCUUGAAACUGACUUGCGCAGAUUCUACGCAGAGUCCUGUUUUCUGUUUGCCUUCACACAUUUGAGGCUGCCUCUCUUCUGCCAACAAGGCUACAUGAAAAAGCAAGGGCUUGUUGGAAGUGAAAAGCUUCAGCAUCACAGAGUAGCAGCAGAGCUGAUUGAACAUGCAAGUAUAAAGUCUCAAGAUGAACAAGAGAGUGGCACUAUGCAAUCCCACAACCAACUGCUGAAAAGUACAAAGAUAUCCAGUCAUCAGCUUCAUCAUCUUACAAGCACCAAGGAUGAACUUUAGCUUCUACCCAACUAUUUCAAAAUUCACAAGCGUUACAACCACAAUACCAUGGCAAAAGAUCUGCAGAGGAGCUCCAGCAUCCAGUAUUCCUAACCAGUCCUAGAUGAGGACCACAUCUCAUCCAUACCAUGUUCUUGCAUAAAUUUGCAGAUCUUUAUGAACAUGAAUGUUUACUUUCCUGGAUGGGAUUGAACAGAUGAGACUUUAAUGUGGGAAAUCUUAUGCAUUUGAGAAGAGUGAUGUCUCUAGGCCAUUAAGAAUGAAUAGCUGAGCCUGGUUACUUUUAUACCAGGUUUUCAAGAUGCACUGUUAUUAUAGUCAUUAGUGAAUUUGGUAGAACUGGCAUUAUUGAAUGACAACCUGCUUAUUUCAAGAGAGAAUGUUCUUGCAUGUUAACAGAGUAUCACUUCUGUUUGCACUAUGCCCCACUUAGUUUAGUUUAGUAAAGUGUUUCCUAUUUUAUAUAUUUUUCAUAUUGUUUAAAGUAAAAAUAGGUUAAGAGGUCUGCACUUUUUUGCACCUUUACCUCCAAUGUAUUGAUUACUAUGACUUCAGUUGAGUUGUGUGUAGCAAACUGGAAAUAACUCAAGCUCAUUUCUUAUUUAUAUCUUCUGUUUGAUAGAUAGAAUGAAUGACAUUCAUACAUUUUCUUCUCUGUCUCAGCAGAGCACAUAAGAAAUAUUUGUGUUAGGUUCCCAUUAUCAAGCUGACACUUUGCUUUGAUUCCUGGCACACACUGACUCAAUAUGAUGCCCUCCUUAUUCAUUAACUACAUUUCCCAAAAUUCACAGCCAGACACUGUCAUGUUUAAAAAAUUAGGGAAGAAAAAAUCCAACAAGUCAGAGCUAUCUGGUUGAGGAAGGCUACACUAACUUUACCAAAUUAAACAAGAAGGACCAAAGUUUUGGGAUAGUUCUGCAAUUUGUUUGUUAGAGAUGAGUAAUACAUUUCAAUGUGUUUGGAGGUAUAAAAUUAGAGGAUAGAUAAUACCAGGUUGGAUAUGCGCCAGUGGUAUUCCUGAACACAAAUUAUUAAUAUUUAUACAAGUCCAAAAAGAUACUUGGUAUCACUUACACUCAGUAGUGGAUUGCAGGCGGUACACCCUAGUAUGGGCGUACCGGAGCACCGGGUGCUGUUCCGGAGCAGUACUCCAGAGUGCCCUCCUGCCCGUGCUCCUUACCUGUCCUUUAAAGCCUUCUACGCUUCCACGCACACACAUGGUUGCCUACAGCAUCUGCACGAUGCUCCAUCGAGCAGCUGGAGCAUUGCAGAGGUGUCACUGGAAGGUAAGAUGUAUGUGUGCACACCGCACAUAUUCAUGUGGAGGACGCUGGGCCUGUUGCAACCGUUCUGGUUGCGGCAGGAUCCGGAACCCACCACUGCUUACACUGUAUGUUUUUGGUUUGGUCACAUUAACUUAUAUGAAGAUCAUACAACUGUGUAAUAUAGGAAAAUUUAAAUUUCUUACUUACCAACAAGCAAUUUAAAGCUUUAUAUUCUUUAUUAAUUUUUGCAAAGAUGCCAGGGAAUCUAUUAAUUUUGUGUUGUUUUUAUCUUGAUUUAUUUCUCUGUAUAUCUUUAAAGAAUGACCAUUGACUUA